AUGAAAUUAAUAAAAUCAAGAGCCUUCACACUGAUGAUGCUCGGCUGCACGGCUCUUUUCCUCUCUGCGGAAGCCUUUGUCCCAGAACGACGACGACGACCACGUCAACAACAACAACAACAGAUGAUGACAUACAAUCAUCAUCAUCAGCGUCAUCAGCGUCAUCAGCUCAGUACAAGUAGUACGAGUAGGAUACAUCUCUUUCAAACCAAUGGAUUGUCAGCUGCCAGAACAAAGAAGAAUGUACUCAGAACAAUGACGGCACUGCAACUUCAGGAUGCACCAGAGAAUGAUGAUGAUGAUGAUGAUGAUAAUGCUACAGUAGCAAGUAGUUAUUGUUGGAGCCCAGGAUUGCGACGUGUCAUGGGUGGCAUUGCCAGUUUGGGUGCUGCCGAAACUGCCUUUUUGACUUGGAACAAAUUGGCUUCGGCGAGUUCCGGCAGUAGUAGUAGCCUACCAUUUUGUGGCGUUACGAAUGGUGGUGGCAGCGGCGGCAGCAGUUGCAGUGAUGUUCUAAAUGGCCCCUAUGCCUAUCUUCCCUUUACGGGAAUUCCAUUGGCGGCACUGGGACUAAUGGCAUAUUUGACAGUUCUUGGACUUGCCUUGUUUCCAUUGAUUAACACGUCAAAUUCAUCAUUCCAAUCCUCUCAAUCUUCGUCGACUAGUACUGUCCUCGAUGCUAAUGCUGAUACUGAUGCUGACUCUGAUGCCACCAAUCGAGUGCUACUCAUGGGAGUUACGACGGCCAUGGGGACCUUUUCAAUCUUUCUCUUGACACUAUUAUUUGGUGUCUUGCAACAAGAUUGUCCCUAUUGCGAACUAUCGGCCACCUUUUCCAUCACCUUGUCCCUCCUAGCAUGGAUUGGAGGUUGUUUGCCAGACGCUAGCGCAAACAAAGAAAUGGCCCAAAAGGGUGCCCAAAUGACAGCUUCAGGAUUCUUGACGAGUACUCUGUUUGCGGUAUCACUCUUUGUCUUUGCGGCGGAUGGUGAUCCGACGGCCGCCAGUGCAACCAUUGGGGAUUUUGGAUCCACUUCGCCCUCCAACAUUGUAGCAACAGCAGCAGCAUCGGAUAAUGGUGGAGGAAAAGAAAUGGCGAAUGCCCCGCCUCUGAUUACCACGGAAUCCAGUAAUCAAGCCAUUCAAUUAGCCAAGGAUUUGGAAGGUCUGAAUGCCAAAAUGUUUGGAGCCUUUUGGUGCAGUCACUGUUACGAUCAAAAACAAACUUUUGGCAAACAAGCCUUUACCAAAAUUCCAUACAUUGAAUGCAGCAAGGAUGGGUUCAAUUCCCAAUCCAAACUCUGCAAGUCCAAGCAAGUGCCCGGAUAUCCUACGUGGGAAAUCAAUGGCAAGUUGUACCCAGGCGAGCAAAGUUUGGAGGAGUUGGAGGAAGUGGUGGCAGAAAUCAAAAAGGGAAUGACCACUCAAUAA